AUGCGAAAUUUAUCACUCCUCGCAAUUAUACUUGUUUCUACAUCCCUUCUUUCAGGCUCACAACACCAUGUCGAGGCCAUUAUGAUAGAUAGUGCGUCACAAAGUAUGCAAUCCCAAGAAUUUGGCAAUCGAUUGAUACGUCGAUAUGGUGGUAGCUUAGGAGGGGGUGAUAGAAUGUUCAAUAAAAGAUAUAACGUAAUAUCACCCGGCCUUCAGGAAAGAGCCGAGGUAAACGAAGCUUUAGUUCCAAAACCCAAAGCAAAAGAAGUUAAUAAGCAACCUCCCAAGAAUCCUAUUAAGGAUGUUAAAGAACCAGCGAAAAAUCCCAAAGGCAAGGAAAUUGUUGAUAAGAAAAUUCCUCUUUUUAAAGAUAAAUCUGCUGCAGCAGAAGACCAAGGAGGCGCCGCUCCAGUUGGAUCAGCUCCGCAAGUUAUAACUGAUGGUUUAUCAUAUCAAGCUAUAGCUGGACUUACUACUGUCGGUGGCGUCAUGGUUUUGGUUACCGGCCUAUUUGCCUUUGUCCGUAGAAAGAAAAAUAAAGAAAUGACAAACAGCAUCGUGUCAACUUCAGCAACUGCUUGGGAACAACAAAACUCUGCAUAUGAAACAAUGGAUGAGGAAACCAAACCAUUAGGUUCAUAUUCAGUUAUUGCAACGUAUGCACCAGCUUUGGCCGAUGAGUUGGAUAUACAACCAGGGGACAAAGUUACCAUCUUGGUUGAAUAUGAUGAUGGAUGGGUGCAAGGUAUUAAUGAAACGCGUGGUGGAACCAAAGGUGUUUUCCCUCGUCACUGUGUAGACAUGAACACCGCCCUAAAUGGCAAACGAUCCAGUUCCAUAGGAGGAUAUACAGUGGUAGACCUUAACUAG